CUCCUCCGUCACCCACUCUGUCUCUCUGAGAGCUACCGCAGCCUCAAACGGAGUCAAAAGUGGCUUGUCAAAGGCGGAUCCCCAGUCAAUAGAUAGCCGCGGACAUGCCACCUGGAUCCAGGCAUCCACGCCUUCAAACAGCCUCAGCUUCUCUGGAAAUAUCUCAGAGAGUAGAACGACGACGUAGCGUCGCCCGCGACGCUCCAUCACUCUCUGUAAGUGGGCCAGGAUAUUGGGACUACCCUGCCGUCCCAGAGACCCGAGGAUGAUCCCGAAAUGACGAGCCUUGCUUGCUUCGAGAAUUGCAUCCCUCCGAGAUUUGAGCAUGACGUCGUGGUCGUAGUACUCCCGAGUGAACUCCUUGGAGUAAGGGUCGUAGCGAUAAGCCGGGGUGUCGGGGUUCGAGAUCAUGAUCGACUCCAGGUGAAACCGGCCGUCUCCGAUAUACACCACGGCGUCUACCCCGCGGGGUAACCGGGGUGACGUGCACCCCAGGAUCUCCCCCGGAGACAACGGCCGGGACUGGGGUACCACAACUUUGAAGUCGGCCUGGAGUUCUCGAUGGAUGCUCUGAAGAGCUGGCACGAACUGUAUAGUGCUCACAAGAGCCAGGGUGCUCCGCGGUUUGAAGUUGAAUCGCAGCGUCUCCAUCACGUGGACGUUGUCUAUCUGGACGUCGACAAAGACGUAGAGCAUCUUGAUGAGGGUGGCAUCAAUUGGAACGAGGCAGCUGUGCCCGUAGUGCACCAUAAAGUCGGCUCCCAGUGCUCGAGCUGUGAAAUCGUCCACACAGCAGGCGCCGUAGGUAACGUCGCCCAUAAUGACUGUAUCUGCCCCAGUGAAUCGCUCAAUGAUGUCACUAAUGGUACAGGCAAACAGGAGAAGGCCCUCGGGAAAUUGCAGUGCCACGCAUUUGGCCCCCGCUUGCUUCACUCGCCAGACGGUCUUGUGAAUCUCAAAGUUGUAGUUUUCGGGGAGGACCGACAGGGCUGCGUUUAGCUCGGCGUCGUUUAGGAUGGAGCCCGGAACUUGAGUGACCACUCGCCUCUUCCCCGCGCCUCCUGUCCGCGUCACCAGCUCGGUGGAGGGUUUCCCGCCACCUGCUCGCUGGACUCCAACAAACCUUUUUCUUGGCCCUCUUCCUCCUCCCCCACCUCCGUCUCCCGUCGCGUCUCUCUGCAGGGAGGUGGACGGGGAGGAAGGAGAAGGCUCGCCGGGCUGGGAGCCACACGUACACAUGCCUGGAGUCGAAUUCGGCUCUUCUACUUUUCCGUCCAUUCGUCCUGCCCCGUCGUCGUCCACGUGUGUGCCGAGUCAGCGACUUUUGUGCAGAGUCAGCAAACAUUUCUACGCAUGCGCACCACAGUAUGGGCGGGUUGUGCCGAGCGAUGGCCGAGCUAGUUGUUGCUACCGCUACUGGCAGCCAAGAGGAGGGCCUAGCGAGGAAGGAAGGAGGGGAAGAGGAGAACUGGGAGGAUGAAGUCAACAUGGGCGUCUUCUACACGGACGCAGCCAAAUACUGGGAGGGUGUUCCGGCUACAGUCGAAGGGAUGUUAGGUGGUUUCGGCCGACACUCGACUCUGGACGUCAACUUCUCCAGGAAAUUUCUCACUCCACUCAUCCAGGGAACGUCUGCCGUUGCUGCACCUAACAGAGCACUAGACUGUGGGUCAGGGAUUGGUAGAAUCACAAAGCGACUCCUCCUUCCCCUGUUCUCAUCGGUGGAUAUGGUGGAACAGAACGAGACCUUCCUCCAGAAAUCUGCCACCUACCUCGGUCCAGCAGGCGACAGAGUGGAGAGAAAGAUAGCACAAGGCCUUCAGGAAUUCACUCCCGAGAAGGAUCGUUAUGAUGUCAUUUGGUGUCAGUGGGUCCUCAGUCACCUCAGUGACGAUGAUCUGGUCAUGUUCCUACGAUGCUGUGCCCAGGCCCUGCCUCGGGGGUCGGGGGUCAUCGUGGUGAAGGAGAACAUUGCAGUCGAUGACGAGGACAAUUUUGACGAGAACGACUCCUCCGUUACCAGGAGUCUGGCGUCGUAUUACCGAAUAUUCUCGGAAGCUGGUCUGACGAUCAUCAAGCAGGACAUUCAGAGAGACUGGCCCAAGGAACUCUUCCCCGUUAGAUUGUUUGCUCUGAGAUGACAUCUCUGUGAAUGUUUUCCGUGAUAUUGUUUUUGCCACCAACCUAAUCCUUAUUCAGUCUCAUGUUAAGGGGAGCCCCACCCAAAACUGGUCAUUUUCUUCAUUUCACUUGUGGCGGCGCGACCAGCCUCGCGCGUGGCAACGUUCGUCUCUUUCUCUGACUCUGACUGAGUCUGAAAUCUGAAAUCUGAUCUCGUUCCACGUGCACACACUUUUUAUACGAAUGACA